AUGGGUGGUUCUGGUUCCAAACUUGAGAAGGCUCUCGGUGACAAUUUCCCUGAAGGAGAACAUUAUUUUGGCCUUGAGAAUUUCGGCAAUACUUGUUAUUGCAACAGCGUUUUGCAGGCUCUAUACUUCUGUGUUCCAUUUCGAGAACAAUUGCUACAGUAUUAUGGAAAAAACAAAAAUAUGCCAGAUGCAGAGGAAAAUCUUUUGACUUGCUUAGCUGACUUAUUUUCGCAGAUAAGUUCCCAGAAGAGGAAAACAGGUGUAAUUGCUCCCAAACGAUUUGUACAGAGGUUGAAAAAACAGAACGAACUCUUCCGUAGCUAUAUGCACCAGGACGCCCACGAAUUCUUAAACUAUUUGUUAAAUGAACUUGUUGACAUUCUUGAAAAAGAGGCCCAGACUGCAAAGGACAAUCAAGAGACAUUACUACCUUCUGAGAAGAUUGCGAAUGGACUAAAGAAUGGUUUAGCUAAUGGUGCUAAAAAAGAGCCGCCUUUAGCUACUUGGGUGCACAAAAAUUUCCAGGGAAUACUUACCAAUGAGACAAGGUGCUUGCAAUGCGAAACAGUAACUGCUAGGGAUGAAACAUUUUUCGACUUGAGUCUUGAUAUUGAACAAAACAGUUCCAUUACAAGUUGUUUGAAAAAUUUCAGUUCAACCGAGACAUUGAAUGCUGAAGACAAAUUUUUUUGUGACAAAUGCUGCAGUUUGCAAGAAGCUCAGAAGAGGAUGAAGAUAAAGAGACCGCCUCGUAUUUUAGUCAUUCAUCUUAAGCGGUUUAAGUACAUGGAACAACUGGGCCGCUACAAGAAACUGUCUUACCGUGUGGUUUUUCCCCUUGAGCUCAGGUUGAGUGAUACAGAUGAAGAAGCAGAUAUUGAGUAUUCUCUAUUUGCAGUAGUUGUCCAUGUUGGGAGUGGGCCCAACCACGGGCAUUAUGUUUGCCUUGUAAAAAACCAUAACCACUGGUUAUGUUUUGACGAUGAAACUGUUGAGGCAGUUGAUGAAGCUUCUGUUCAGACAUUCUUUGGGUCAACUCAAGAAUUCAACAAUAAUACUGACCAUGGUUAUAUUUUGUUCUAUGAGAGCGUUAACAGAAACUAG